GAAUUUAAAUUGUUUAACAAGGCAAUAUUGUUUUGAAAACAUUAAUGGGGAGAUAUUCGUGGCAUUAUAUAAGGAUUUACUAUGAAAGGAAUUGCGGGGAAUCUGAUAUUUAUUUUGAUUAUUUGUCAAAGUUUACAGCUGUGUGUGACGAAUGAAAACACGGUCUUUGACAAUUUGAACUACAACGCGGAUGAAGUCCAGUGGGUCGACGCCGUAAACCGUUGCAAUGAAAAUGGUGCGACAUUGGUGCCUUUCCAACCGGAACCUGGCAGCAAUGGUAAAAACGUUACUGUCGUUAAACGCUCUGUACACUUCAAAUUUGGAAACGAAAGCUGGGUUGGUGAUUAUAAAACAUAUGACGUCAUUAAAGGAUCAGAAAUCAAUCUUGAUAUACAUGUACAUAAAUGCGUUGCUUUACAUGUAACAGAUGAAAGCUUGCUGACAAACAACAAUCUGAUGUACGGAUAUGACCUGGUGACUAAGAACUGCACUUCUAACCUACCAGCUAUAUGUUCAAAUGAUAAUAACACGUUUAUAAAAGAUGAAAACACACUUGCUGAAUGGAUUGCGAACAGGGGCUGUAAUUUAUGGGAACCAGAGUAUAAAAGCAAGCCAGUCGCAGAAAACACGAGCUUUGCAAGCGGACAUUUUACGUCACCACAGAUUAAUCACAAAUUGAUUGGAAAUUUCUACUGGGUCAACUAUAUUGUGCAGGAACAAUACUCGAAAUUACCAAUUGCUGGUAAUAUUUUACAAUGUGGAUACAUAAACCAUACUAGCACCGGUGUAUCAUACACAGAUUGCUAAAGAAACCUUUCAUAUGCCAAAUAGAUGAAAAUGAAAGUUUAUCAUCAUCAUCAUCAUCAUCAUCAACUACUUCAAAGGGACUUUAUAUUGGACUGGCAGGAGCAAUGUUAUUUGUUGUGGCUGUAAUCGUCGGUGUUGUCUUCUUCAUACUUAGAAUACGUCGCAAACAGGGUACUAAAUCUUCAGAAGAUCUGCCUCGUGGAGGGAAAAGUUUUACAAGAAGGAAAGAGGCCGAAGAAUUAGAUGAAAAUGAUGGAAGAGAUAAUGCCGCGUUUAAAGAGAACAAUCGCAUUACAACCUAUCACCAAAUAAAUAUUGACCAGAUAAAAUUAAAAUCACCCGACAAUAAAGAAAGCUUUGCGAGCGGCAAUAGAGAUUCUGGUCACACAUAUUCUAUGGUUCAAAAGAAAAAGUAAAACGACAACAAACCGGAUGUUGUACCUAGAACGAGUACGAGAAAAAGCGUAGAAAGACCUGGGUACCUUUCUAUGGACGGAACGAACACAAAACAAAAUGCAGAUGGGGUUGACAAGGAAUAUGACUUUCUAGAAAGCACACGAAGUACUAAUAGUUCAAGAUAUAGACAAAUUGACAGGAACGCUACAGAUGGCAAUAUAUAUAGCACGACAUCCUCUGAUGUCAACGAUUCAACUUAUGACGUCACAUUUCACCGAGGAUCUAGCCAAAAGCGUCUCAUUAACGAAGAAUAUGAUCGCGUUAUUGUUGAAAGCGGCUCAAUGACGAUGAAUAGAGGCAAUUGUGAAUCUAUUGGAGAACAAUAUUCAUCUACAAAUAUUACAAGCUCUCCAGUCAUAAACCCAUGUUAUGAUAGGGUAGUUAUAAAGUAAUUAUUCUUGAAUAUGUAGAUAAUAUGUAUGAUAUGAUAACUUUAUAGAAUUAGAUUUCGGACAGAUGUUGAAUAAUCUACAAACAUACCAAUUAUCAUAAAGUAUUGCAUAUAUAAAUGAAAAAAAAACAUAUGAAAUUUUCAAAUGGGAAAAUUUUAAAAAGUAUUAACCUCUAAUUAACUUUGAAAUGAACUUUUAAAAAAUCAUAAAAUGUAAAUAAAACG